AUGAAGAUGUUGAGUAGACAAAACGUAUGGUGGCCUGGUUUGGAUACCGACGUUGAAAAUGUUGUUCGUAACUGUCAUGUGUGCCAGUGCGUUCAGAACAGUGCGCCCCUUCCACCAUUACAGCCGUGGCCGUCUUCGACCCGAGUAUUUCAGAGAGUGCAUCUAGACUUCGCUCAAAGAGAUGGGACGAAUUUCUUGAUUGUCGUUGAUGACUAUUCCAAUUGGAUGGAGGUGAUCAUGAUGCCCACGACAACAGCUCAGAGGACAGUCGAAGAACUGCGAACCAUUUUUGCCCAAUUCGGAUUGCCAGAAGAAGCUGUAACGGACAAUGGUCCCCAAUUCGUGUCCGAAGAAUUUCGUAACUUCAUGGAAGAGAAUGGCGUCAUCCACACGACAACACCGCCAUAUCACGCUGCUUCGAACGGACUUGCGGAGCGCGCGGUCCAAACACUGAAGAAAUCUCUUCUAAAGCAGUUGGAAGAAGACAAAAGCGAUAACAAGAAAAGAAGCAUGCAGCUUAAACUUUCGAAUUUUCUGUUUCAGUAUCGCACGACACCUCAUGCAACGACCGAGAAGACGCCUGCUGAACUCUUCUUGGGACGGCUGCCCAGGACCCGUCUCUCUCUACUGAAGCCUGGCUACGACCAUGCACGUCGUGCAAAGCAAAACCGGAUGAAAAUGUACGCAGAUAAACGACGCUCUCGCCCACGAACGUUCCAGGUUGGAAGUCUCAUCUGGGUUAAGAAUGUCAGGGGAGAGGAUGUUAAUUGGUCACCAGGAAAAGUGAUCAAAGUGAUCAGUGAGGUAACUUUCUUGGUACGUGUUCUCGGAAAGGUUCGCUUCGUGCACAGCGACCAUCUCAGGUCAAGGACUGGAGCUGUUGCAGGUUCGGACGACAGUUCCCAGCAGCAAUCGGCGGAGUCUUCAGAAUCUUCCGACAACGAAUACUUUGACGUGCCAGAGACUUCGCGAAUACCCAGUGGGGACAGUUCUAGUGUCGAAAGUGUUCCCGACGAGGAACUUAGGCGAAGUAAAAGAGUGGCAAGGCCACCCGACAGGCUUACGUACGAAGCGCUUGGAGAACCUAUGUAA